UGACAAGACGCCAUGCUAUCAUUCAAGUUUGUAGUAGGCAAAUAGAGCACGUGGAAAACUACGUCUGACAAAAUUGCUAUUUUUGUCAAUCCUAAUAAACCAUUUCGCGAAUUUUGUGUGAAAAUCGAUUUCGGUUACGUUUCAAGUGCAAUUGCAUCCAUCAAAACCGAUCAACACACCGGUCGCGCGGCCCAUCACCGAAGUAAUCGUGGAUCGUUCAAGUUAUGGCCCCUUACCAUACUCGUCAGUUGCUCGCGUGGACAUUGCCAACUGUAGCCGCUCUGCUCAGCUAUUUGUGGUUCAAAAGAAAGAGAAUUGGAGCUCAAAGUGACCCAGGAAAAGAGGAUUCUCCCGACAAUACGGCUGAUAUUACCACAGAUAGCCCUUCGAAGGAGACUACCGUUGAAAGAACGGAAGUAAUCGAUUGCAAAUCGUCGCCUUCGACGCCGAACAGGAGUUUCUCCAGAUCGCUUUCGGGCGUCGAAUCCACCCCUAUCGAUAUCAUCAUACCGCCGGAGCUCAGGGCUUCGAAAUCCUCGUCCAGGGUGGUCUCCGACGAAGAUUUGGACAUCGAAAUUGAGAAGAUUAAAUCGAUGAAGACCGGCGCGCUCUUCACCAGCCAACCGGAUUCCCCUAAACUGGUCAUCAAAGAAGCCAACGCUAACGUUACCGUUAGCGCUAACGCCGGCAAAUCGUCCAAGAAGAGGGUCUUCAAAAAGGUCUCAGGCAAGAUGGCUCAGAAAGACAUAGCGAUCGUCGAGGAGAAGCUGACCAAUUUGAAGGUGAAAACUAAGGAGGCCGGCAAGAAGAAGGACUUUAGGAAUAGCAAGAACGUUAAUAAAGAAAACGAAGACGUCCAUAGGCAGAACAGCGAAAGGGACUCGGCCAAUCACAGUCCGUCCGACGUGAUGCUGGCCAGUCCAUCUUUGAGCAGCAUUUCUGACAAUCACAGCGAAGGUUCCAGCGAUAGCGGUAAGGGCGGCAGCGACGUGGCCACGCCGCCCCCGUCCCGUGUACCGGGCCUCAUAGUGUCUGCGAACACUCCCAUACUCUACCAAUUCGUGUUGCCCCAAACGCUGGUGGGCAAAUUGAUCGGCAAGCACGGCUGCUUCGUCACCCAAAUAAAAAACAAAACCAACGCCAUGAUCGUGGUCAAUUCCUAUCCCAACAACAACAAAUUGAAGGUGUGCUCGGUGGAGGGCACCAAAAGCGAAAUCGACAACGCCCUGAAGAUGAUUCGCGACAAGUUUCCGACCAAGAGAUAUCCGGAAAUCACUUUGGAACAGAUCGAAUUGGCGACGGAAAUAUCCACGGUUUCACUGAUUCCCGAUCAUUUAUACUUGAAACUCAUAGAAGGCAUCAACAACGACACGGUGCUGAGCUGCAUAGUGGCGCCCAAUCACUUGUUCCUCCAACAGCCGACGCACCCGUCCUAUCCCAGCCUGAACAUACUCACGAAUUGCAUGAACUUGUGCUAUUCGCAAACGGAAUCGCCGUUGUUGCCGACGCCCAUCACCGAGAACACGAUAUGCGCCGCUUAUUCGGUGCACGCCUGGUACAGGGCGAUGGUGCUGUCGUCGGACGUCGAAACGGACACGUCGUACGUGAAAUUUUUGGAUUACGGCGGUUUCGCUUACGUGGAAAACUCGAAACUUCGACAGAUUAGAGGCGAUUUUAUGUUGUUGCCCUUCCAGGCGGCCGAAUGUAUAUUAGCUAAUAUUCAAUCUGUAAACGAGGACGGUUCCUGGCCGGAAGAGGCGUAUAAUUUAAUAGCAGAUGUUGCUAAAGGCUCAAUUAUGUACACUCAAGUAGCUGAUUACACCGAAGAUGGAGUUCCGCUAGUAUUAAUAUAUGUAGUUUUAGGACCUCAGAACGUGGUAUAUUUGAAUCAGCAUUUAGUAGAUAACGGAUUCGCCGAAUGGGUCCCAUUGGACGACGUCCAAUCCAAUCACAAUCAUCAGGAGAUUAUGGAAGGAGCCGCGGGGGGCGUUCAAGCAUGAUUCGUCCCUCACGACUUUCUCGUACUUUCGCCCGGCCCGCGGGUUCGUUUUUUAGUCACUUGAUUACGCAUUAAUCAAGCACUUGUUGAUUAUUUUUGCUGGAUAUCAUUUCGUUCCUUAUUUAUAUUUAUAAUUGUAAAAAAAUGAAAAAUUAAAUAUUUAAUGAUUUUGUUGAACGUGCAUAUUUGUAUCUACGCGCUUCUGUCACUUCUGGUGUGGUACGGCUUUUUUUUGGUUGAAUUGAAGUGAAUUUAUUUAUGUAGAGUUUUAGACGUAAUUAGUUAUGUUAGUGCUCGAUCUUUUCAUUCAAACUUAAAUGGAUUGUACGUAGUUCUGAUUAUUCUUAAAGCUGUCGAAGCUUUGAUUGGCAGUUUUAUGUUUGACGGUUAGCUUUCUAUUACCUAAUUAUUCAAAAAAAUAUAUAAAACAUGAAAAAGGAUCGAAGUGAUACAAUCAAUUAGAUAUUGGAUAUUUAGCUUAAGUUAUUUUUUGUUUUAUUUUGAUAAUUCUGAUCGUAUUUCAAUGAGGAUUUAUAACGUUAACUGAAUGUUUUUUUUUUAUUUUUUAUGUAUACAUUAAUUUUGGUAUGUUAAUUUGUAGCUCGCUUUUGUGCGGAAGCUGGAGAGGAUAAAGCGUCGUAAAAUAAAAUAAUACCGAUCAUGGUGAAUUUAGUUACGAUUUAAUACGUUGGGACAUUCAUUUGCUUAAAAAAUUGUUAUCAAGAUUCUCCAAACUUUUAAGGUUUUCGAACAGACUAUGUAAAAAUAAUGCUUACUUCUAACGGGAUAAAACUUGCUGAAUUAUUUGUAUUGGGGAUGAUUUUGACUUGCUUUAUGACUAAAUAAUCUUAGAGAGUAAUUUUUAGGGUAGGGUAACUUAAAUUGCUCGUUUAGUGGAAUUAAUUGUGUAUGGAAACUGUGUUCUUUUUCGAUUACAUUAAUUUAUAAGAAGUAAAGUAUUUAUUUAAAAUUUUUCGUUUUUUCAGAAUCGACAUUUUAGGAUAAUUGAUAAGUUAUUUAAUGUACCUAUGGGGAUUUGGUGGAGCGAACUUGUAAAUAUUUUUUUUCAUUAUUCAUUUUUAUUUUUUGAUUUGACCAUUAAAAUGCGCAUUUUUUAAUGUCGAUAAAUUCUUACUAAUUUCGAUGAUAAUUAUUCUUGAAACAUUAUUCACAAUUUCUAAUCGAUGUGUAUAUUAUUAAAUUUAUGUAUAUAACGAGUUCUCCAAUUGUAUAUUGAUAUUUACGAAUUUGUUUAGGAACUGGAAAUCAUCAAUAUGCGAGUAAAGAUAGCGAACUGGGCAUUCUAUACAAAUUCUAUCAAAAAUUAAAUAUUUUUACUCCCAGCAUCAGUAAUUCUUCAAUUUUUUUAACCGUUAUCUAGUUUUUUCAUGCAGUUUUUAUUUGGUUUUCCAAUCUAACUUCCACUUUUCCAGUAACUAGAUUUUUUGUAUUGACUCGAAAAUUUCUAAAAAGUACCAUCUUUCGAUGUUUGAAAACAAAAUUUCGGACGUUUGUCCCUUCGCAAGUUUGAAUACAAUGCCGAUUUUGACGCAAAAACGUAACCGUUCAAUAUUGCUUAUUUCCAGCUUUAUCCGUAGCUUCUAUAAUUAUAUUUACGAAAGGUAUAUUAACUACUCUUAGUAUAGUUAAGUAGUUGUUUUAGAACGUUGACAUAGUUAGUAUUUUGUACAUAAGACAUCAAUGUAAUGUUUUGGAUUGACAUAAACGUUAAAAACCAA